UCCACCAAUGGAAAUAUGGGCCGGGUUCAACACCCAUGUUUGAGGAUCUUCCUAUAUAACCGGGAGUAAAACAUCCGAACCAUACAAUAUAUGCUCCUGUUCAUCCUGUGGAGAGAUAUAAACCUGCGCAGCUGCUUUCUCUUCAAUAUUUAAUGAGUUCCAUGAUGGAAAACAAGUCUUACUUGGUUCAGAUGAAUGGGAACGGAGUCCACGGCAAAAGCACCGUCAAUGGCAAAAGCCUGAAUGGGACCGGCGUCGGUGGGAAGGGAGUGCACGGGAACGCCAUCCACCACGUCAGCGUGAACGGCAGUUUGUAUCCGACCAAAGCCAAGAGCCGCAGGCAGAAAUGGGAAGUGAAGCCCUCAGAGAUGGCCAACAACACGCUCAAUCCCAUCAGAUCCAUUGUGGACGGGAUGAAGCUCACUCCGAACCCGGAUAAACCCAUGAUCGCACUUUCCAUAGGGGAUCCCACUGUGUUUGGAAACCUGCCUACAGAUGAUGCAGUGCUGCAGGCCAUGAAAGACGCCAUAGACUCCCACAAAUUCAACGGCUAUGCUCCUUCCGUUGGUUAUCUGAAGAGCCGACAGGCAGUGGCCAACUUCUACAGCUGCCCCGAGGCUCCACUAGAGGCAGAGGAUGUGAUGUUGACCAGCGGCUGCAGUCAGGCCAUUGACCUGGCUAUCAGUGUCCUGUGCAACCCUGGGGACAACAUCCUGGUCCCAUGCCCAGGGUUCUCCUUAUAUAAGACUCUGGCUGUCUCCAUGGGCAUCGAGGUCAAACUCUACAACCUGCUGCCAGAGAAGUCAUGGGAGGUUGACCUGCAACACAUGGAGAGCCUGAUUGACGAGAGGACGUCCUGCAUGAUUGUUACCAAUCCGUCCAACCCGUGUGGCUCUGUCUUCAGCAAGGAACACCUACAGAAAAUCCUCAAAGUGGCUUCCAGACACUGCGUUCCCAUUCUGGCUGAUGAAAUCUACAUCGACAUGGUUUUCCCAGGUUGCAGUUGUCCCUCCAUGGCGUCUCUCAGCAGUGACGUUCCCGUCCUUUCCUGCGGCGGCUUGGCUAAGCGCUGGCUGGUCCCCGGCUGGAGGAUGGGAUGGAUCCUCAUCCAUGACAGGAAUGAUAUAUUUGGAUCCAAGAUUCGACAGGGUCUGGUGAAACUGAGCCAACGUAUUCUGGGAGCCUGCAGUAUCGUCCAGGGAGCCCUGGAGAGCAUCCUCAACAACACACCUCAAAGCUUUUACAACAACACCAUCAGCUUCCUGAAGAACAACUCUGAGAUUUGUUUCAAUAAGCUGUGCACCGUCCCUGGCCUGAACCCUAUCAUGCCCUCAGGAGCCAUGUACCUCAUGGUGGGGAUCGACAUGGAUCACUUUCCAGAUUUUAAGAACGAUGUGGACUUUACUGAACGGCUGGUGACCGAGCAGUCCGUCUUCUGUCUGCCUGCCUCAGCAUUUGAGUAUCCUAACUUCUUUCGCAUCGUGGUGACGGUGCCGGAGGAGUUGAUGGUGGAGGCUUGUAGUCGGAUCAGUGAGUUUUGCCAGCGCCACUAUCGGCCCCGCAGCCGCGACAGCAAUGAUCUAGACCAGUGAUGCGGCUGAGCUGGACCAGUCUGACGGCAUUGGGCUUCAUGAAGACCAAAGCCUAGAGGAUGGUCACAUAUACAUAUAUAUAUAUAUCAACUUUUAAAUUCUAUUCCACCAUGUUAUGAAGUUAAAGAUGUAAAAAUCUGAUGUCAAAACUGUGUUAAUAUUGUCACCACUGUGGCAACAAAAAGCUUGGAAGUGACAUAUCUGAUGGUCCGCUGAUGGUAUAAUUUUUGAUGUAAACCGUAUGAAAUGAGCGGACCUAAUAUUUAUAUUUUAUACAGGCAACGUAUAUUACUUAUUCUUGUGUAUUUAUAUAAUUUGUGCAAUGCUUCGUAUGUCUAUGUAAUGUAACUUCUUUGAUAUCAACUGCAGGAUCAUAGACUGUGCAUACUGUGCACACCAGCUGGCUUCUUUGCUGUCACAAUUAGGGGAAGUGAAUAUAUAUAUAUUCAAAUAUCCAUUUUUAUAAAAGUUAUGUUUUGAUAAUCUCAUGCAUACUUUGCUUGUGCUAGAAAACGACUUUCAAUGCAGCGUCACUGCACUGGCCUGCUCUUUAUCAGAACAUUAUAUGUACAUUGUUAUUAUGUUAAUUAUGUGUCAUAUUGAAUCACACACACAUAUAUUUACAAACCAAAAAUUGUAUUUAGUAGUUUUGUUAAUAGUUACCUAAUAAAAACAUGUUGACAUGA